ACAUGUUGAUCGGCCUGUGCGGCGGCAUCUGCGCCGGCAAAACCACCGUCGCAAACUACCUCAUCGAAGAACACGGCUUCCAACGCCUCCACGUCAGCAGUCCAGAAAAUGCAACAGCAGCAGAAGAAGAAGAAGCCUCCUCACCACCACCAACAAACCCCACCACGUCCACACACCCAGUGCAGACCUUCCCCACCAUCGACGCCCUCCUAGAGCACGUAACGCAGCACUGGCGCACCCCCUUCGUAACGACCACGAUCCCCACGCUCCCCGCCCUCGACGCGCUCCAACGCCGCCCCUUCUUCCUUCUCAUCGGCAUCGACGCGCCCAUCUCCGCGCGCUGGACACGGCACCGCGCGCGCUGCCUCGCAGCCUCUCUCCCCGCGCCCACGCUCGAGGCCUUCGUGCUCGCCAGCGACGCCCACGCCUACCGCGGCCCCGCCCACCCCGCCGCCCUGCUCCACCGCGCCCAGCUGCGCGUCCUGAACGCGGGCUCCUCGCUGCCGGCGCUGCGGGCCAGCUUGGCCGCGCUGGACCUGCCGAGCCAUGAGCGCCUGCGCCCCGGCUGGGACACCUAUUUCAUGUUGUUGGCGGGCCUGGCUGCCCAGCGCAGCAACUGCAUGAAGCGCCGCGUCGGGUGCGUGCUGGUGCGCGAGCGCCGCGUCGUCAGCACGGGGUACAACGGCACGCCGCGCAACAUGCGCAACUGCAACGAGGGCGGGUGUCCCCGCUGCAACGCCGCCCACCCCGGCGGCUCCCAACUCCACACCUGCCUCUGCAUCCACGCCGAGGAAAACGCGCUCCUCGAAGCCGGGCGCGAGCGCAUCCGCGCCGGCUGCAUCCUCUACUGCGACACGUGCCCGUGCCUGACCUGCAGCAUCAAGAUCACGCAGGUCGGCAUUGCCGAGGUCGUCUACCGCCACGCGUACAGCAUGGACGAGGCGGCCGCCGCCGUCUUUCGCGAGGGCGGCGUCGUGCUGCGCCAGUUUGUGCCGCCGCAGGAGGGGCUCGUGGAGGUGGGCGGUGCGGGGGAGGGGGAGGACGAGGAUGGGGUGGAUGUGCGUGCGCUGGCUAAGGAUCUGAGCGUUAGGUCGAAUACGACGUGAGAGGGAGACGAGAAAAAGCAAAGCUAGAUAGAUGCAUAAACAGAUACACAUCAUAUGCCAGGCCCACCUUUGUCGGCACCAGACAAUAGGACCUGGACCAACACACAUGUCCUCUUUUUCCUUCCCUUCCUUGAUGCAAAAGACAAAACAGCAACCCCAGUCCCAAUGCCAACCCCGCAACCAAAACUCAACAAUAGAGAAACCCAAAAACGAGAUGCCUGAAGGUGAAAAAAAGCGGGCGCGCAUCGACCCAAGACUGCAUUCAACCGCUCGCGAUUACUAUUAUUACCCAAGACGCCUCCUAUCCAUCCAACCAGCCAUCCAUCCAUUUCUUUCUUUAUCAACGGCGGCCCGCGCCGCCCCUCUCACCCUCACCCUCACACGCCUAGCACGCCGUUAGCCACCCGCGCGCCCUGCCCCUUGAGGUGCGCGCUGCUGCCGCGGAACAGGCUUU